UUUCCUUAACAGCCUGGAUGAACAAACAAAAUCUAACAGUGCUAACAGAAUUCAUCCUAAUGGGAAUCACGGACCAUCCGGAUCUGCAGGCUCCCUUCUUUGGGCUCUUCCUCAUCAUCUACACAGUCUCAGUGGUGGGCAACCUGGGCAUGAUUAUCCUUACCAACAUGGAUUCCAGGCUCCAAACAACCAUGUAUUUCUUUCUUAGACACCUGGCUUUCAUUGAUCUUGGUUAUUCAACUGCUGUGGGACCCAAAAUGUUAGUAAAUUUGGUAACUAACCAAAAUACAAUCCCCUACAACUGGUGUGCCACACAGCUGUCUUUCUUCAUCUUGUUCAUCAUCAGUGAGCUUUUCAUUCUGUCCGCAAUGGCCUAUGACCGCUAUGUGGCCAUCUGUAACCCUCUGCUCUACACAAUUGUUAUGUCACAAAGGGUGUGCUGGAUUCUGGUGGCAGUCCCUUAUGUCUACAGUGCUUUUCUUUCUCUGAUAAUUACCAUAAAGAUUUUUAUGUCAUCCUUCUGUGGCCAUAAUGUCAUUAGACAUUUUUACUGUGACAAUCUUCCCUUGUUAACUUUGCUUUGCUCAAGCUCACAUGAUAUUGAGUUGAUAAUACUGAUCUUUUCAGCAUUUAAUUUGGUUUCAUCCCUUCUGAUAGUGCUAGUGUCUUACAUCCUAAUCCUUAUGGCCAUCCUUAGGAUGAACUCUGCAGAGGGAAGGCACAAGGCCUUCUCUACCUGUGGUUCUCACCUGACAGUGGUUGUUGUAUUAUAUGCAACACUAUUCUUCAUGUACGUGCAACCCAAAUCCAGUCAUUCUUUUGAUACUGAUAAAAUUGCCUCUGUAUUUUACACUCUGAUAAUACCUAUGCUGAAUCCCAUGAUCUACAGCUUGAGGAACAAAGAGGUAAAAAGUGCCCUACAUAGGAUUUGGAAAAAUCUGCACAGACUACCUACGUGGAAUGCAACAUAG